AGAUGUGGCGUCAGUUUAACCAUGGGACGUGUAUUUAAUCCACACCGGUUGCUCAACAAGUCAUGUCCUCAGACAGCUUCGUCUCAGUAUUAUGACGUCACACAUCCGGGUACUUCAGCGAUCCUUCCUCAGUGCCCAGGGUUGGUGUGAGCGAGGCGGAGGACACUUGGCCUUCAUCCUGAAUGAUGAAAUCCAGCAGUUUCUUCAGAAGCACUUGGAGCCGGGGAAGGACUGGUGGCUCGGGCUGGCACCCGCAGCUCCAAACCUCACGCUUGACUCUGCUGCUUCAGAGGGGUCCCUUGCAUGGCUGGAUGGCUCAGAUGUCAGCUAUAGUAACUGGCAGAACAGUCCAGAUGUACACACAGCCUGUGGACAUGUCCUGAGACAUUCAGGCUUCCAGUGGGAAGCAACAGGAAACUGUAGUCAGGAGCUCAACUUCAUCUGCCAGUUUGAUUCAGGGCGAUCUAUCGCAUGUGAUGGCCAAAAUGCAACACUGCAAUGUGGUUCUGGUCAAGUUAUAGAGAUCGAUGACGGCUUCUAUGGUCGAAAAACAAUUCACUACUGCCAGUCUAAACUCACAGCUGCGCCUACAUCCUCUCAGGAGGAGUGCAGCUGGAUAGAUGUCACGGAUUCAGUCACAGCCCACUGUCACGGACUGCAGGCUUGCCAGGCUCCAGUGGAUGUGAGCUCUUUUGGUGAACCGUGUCCUAUGCUCGGAAGUUACCUGUCUAUAGAGUACCACUGCAAACAUGGACUCCACCUGUUGAUGAGCAAGCUGGCGGCCGUCUUUGACAAUGUCACCAUCACCGUGAAGUGGCUCCUUCAUCCUUUUCAGGGAAACCUCACAUGCAAACUGAAUGCUGGAGACGGCCACACUAUUGAUCCAUACAGCCCAGCAGAGAUGGAGAGCAAUGUGAUGCACACGUUCAAGCGUCCUGGUGUUUUCAUGGUUGGAGUGGAGUGCAGCACCAGUGACUGGCAUGUCACAGCUCAGAAAUCCAUCACCAUUCAGGAGCCUGUGGGAGAGUUCGGUCUCAUUGCGAGCUAUAGCAGGAACAUGUCAACAGAUGGCACUAAAUUCAAUGCUCUCCAUGGUAGACCUGUUCAGAUCCAAGUUGAAGUGGAGGCAGGUACAAAUGUUUCCUACACAAUUCAACAUAAAGGCCAUGUGGUUGCAAACUCAUCUGUGGACACAGGGAUCACACCCCACAACAUCACACUGAGCGCCCUUGUGCUGGAGAAGCUUGGACAUGGCUGCCACAACCUGACCCUAACCGCCUCUAACAGGGUCACAUCCCAGCCAGUGUCCACCGGUCUGGAGCUGUGUCUCCUGGAGCCAGUCGAAGGCCUGCAGGCGUCAGUGACAGCAGAGGGAGACGACUGUCCAGACUCCACCGAUCUCGUCAUUGGUGUUUCGUUGGAGCGAGGAGCCCCUGUGGAGCUGUUCUUCACUCUGACUGGAGCCACGGACGCUAUCUCUGAGCCCAGAGACAUGCUUAACGGGAGCUUUCAAGCUUAUACAUUCUCCAGCCCACUUGAAGGAUUGUUGAGGGUGAAGGUACAAGCUGUGAAUGCCUUCUCAACCUCUGAUGUGGACGUGGACUUAAAGAACAUACUUCAGGCUUGUCAGAAUUACUCUGACCGGUCACCAGAUGACUAUGACAACGCAACAGACACAGACGACUCUCAUGACUUGAAGAUGAUUGCUACUCCAGACACUUUGGUCGACUACACUCAGAGUGUCACACUGAGCACAACUUGGACUGAAUCGUUGCCCAGCAAAGGACUCACGUUUGAUUGGAAAUGUAGAGGAGAAUGUAAAUGUGGAAACAAGACACAGGGUGAGACUCGCGUGGUGGAAAAAGACUGCCUUCCAGACCCGUUUGAUAUUUUCAUAUAUGCUGUGAUUGUGAGGAGAACUACCUGGUUUAGGAAAUCGGUUAAACUUGCUGCAGCUUCAAAGUGCAUCUCUGUUGUUCUGAAGGAAUUCACAGACGUCAGCAUCAGUUGUGAUAAUUGUGCUUCAGUAAAUGUGAACAACGAUGUAAGGCUAAAACUGAGCUGUGAGACAACUUGCCCAGAGGUAGUUUGGCAUAUUGAAGACCCCAAACCUUCGAUGGAGGACCUUCACAGAUGUUUCUCCAAAGCAGGUAGAAGGCCGUCUAUUGAGAGGCAGGAUGGCGACACUGAGUAUGUUGUACAUAGCCAACAUCUGAAAACCUCAAGGGAAACACUGCACAACAUCAGUGUGAUUGCUUACAGCAAGACGGUGCCAGGUUUUGCCAAAUACACUUUACCGAUACCAGGUCCUGCACCAACUGAACCAGCUGCACCUACAGCCCCCACCCCCCCCUCAUGUAGCAUCUCUCCAGGGUCAGGAACAGUCCUCGAUGCUUUUGACAUUACCUGCAAAGCAACCUCCUUCUGCUCCACGGGAUGCUCUUACUGCUUCAAAACAGACACAGGCCAACAUUUACGCUGCAGUAAUGCAAAUGAGGUGAAAUCUGUCUUCUUGCCUCUCGGAAAUGAGAGCAACAAUUACAGUUUGUCUAUUCUGGUGACUGUGAAAAAUGAGUAUGAGGAAGCCACCGCCACGAUCUCCACCCAGGUGCGAAAAAGCAGCUCUGGCACCUCGGUGGAUAUUCUCCAAUCGGCAGUGGAGGAUACUGUGAGUCAGUUGGAGCAGCAGGGGCUGCUCUCCGGCGAGGCCAUCGGACAAAUAUUUACUUCAGUUUCUGAUAUGUUGAACAUAGAGGCCGGCCAAGAUCAGAAGGAUGCAAGGAUGAAGCUCAGAGAGCAAAUGUUGACCAGAAUGACCUCGGUUCUUCUGGACUCACCCAGCAACACCACUCAGGGAGUGCAAGUGACGGCCAGAGCUGUGGCUGGACUCACCCAGCGUCCGGACGAGCUCAGUCCAGCUGCUCAAGAAGAAGCGGGCUCGUUGCUGGUGGACCUCAGCUCCUCCCUCAGCACUGUCAGCGUUAAUCAGGAAGACAGAGAUGAUGGAGAAGUCGUGCAAGCUGCUACACCAAUAGUCGAAGCAGCCAGUAAUAUUUUGAACGUUUCGUCAAAUAAAAAAGUCUCAGAGUUUCUUCUCACCGGGAUAAACAAUGUCCAAAGUGCUUUGCUGAUUAAUAAAAAGCUGAACGGAGAGCCUGCCAUCAUUGAUUCUGGUCAGAUCAGCGUGUAUGUCAACAGAGUGUCUCCAGGAAAGAUGCAAACACAGGAUAUAAAUGUACAGAAGAGCAGCUCCUCCAGGUUUUCCUUCCCCACACUGCCUUCUCAUAUUGUCUCUCCAGACGAGCCGGUAGAUGUCAGAAUGAUGAGUUUUGAGACAAAUCCAUAUUCUUGGAAGGAGGACAACAUCACAGGAGCUGUCGGAUCCGUCUCUCUCACCAGAGCGAACGGCGAUCUCAUUACUGUAGAGAACUUACCUGAAGAGAUAGAGAUUCUCUUGCCAAGGCUUGAUGUUGGGCAAGAGAACAGCACAGUCCUGGACCUUGCCAAUUUCAGCACAUUAAUAAUUGACGUCCCCUCGCCGGAUGUAACACUUGUGCUGAAAAUGGAGCCGUCUGAAGACAUUUCCUUCAUGCUAUUCCUGGGAUACAGAGAUUAUCCAAAUGAUGAAAUUUAUGUGGCUAAGACUCAGAUCCCUCUCGAGAAUGCCACAGACGGGGAGAAAUACACCUGGGUGCUGAGUCCCAAAGACAGAACAGGAGAUGUUGGAGUGCACUACCUUGUCAUGAAGCCGAUUGUGGAUUCUGGCGUCAAAUCCGUCAACGCCACUGUUAAUGUGAUUUCCAUCGCUGCCCAGUGUAAAUACUGGAAUGAAACUGAGUCUUCUUGGAGUGAAGACGGCUGCAGGGUCGGUCCACUCACCACGCCUCUGGUCACUCAGUGCCUCUGUAACCACUUAACUUUCUUCGGCAGCUCUUUCUUUGUCAUGCCCAACUUAGUGGAUGUGUCACGCACCGCAGAACUCUUUGCUACUUUCACCAACAAUCCUGUGGUGGUGUGUUUUGUGGGGGCCAUCUUUGCUGUUUAUGUCAUGGUUGUUGUGUGGGCGCGCAGGAAAGACAUCCAGGACUCGGCCAAGGUCAAGAUAACAGUACUCGAGGAUAACGACCCGUUGGCUGAGUAUCGAUACAUGCUAACUUUCAGCACAGGGCAUCGGCAUGGUGCAGCCACCUCCUCUCAGGUGACGAUAACUCUUCUGGGUACAGAAGGGGAAAGUGAGCCCCACCACCUGACAGACUCUGAGAAGCCAGUGUUUGAGAGGGGUGGGAUGGACAUGUUUCUGCUGACCACACACUUCUCCCUGGGAGAUCUGCAGAGCAUCAGGCUGUGGCAUGACAACUCAGGAGCUCACCCUGCAUGGUAUGUCAACAAAGUGAUGGUGCAGGAUCUGGAGAGUGGUCAGAAAUGGCACUUCCUGUGUAACUCCUGGCUGGCUGUAGAUGUGGGAGAGUGUGCUCUUGACAAGGUCUUCCCAGUUGCGACGGAGAUAGAUUUGAAGAGGUUUAGUAACCUGUUCUUCAUGAAAACAGCAAAGGAUUUCCGUGACGGCCACAUCUGGUUCUCUGUCAUCAGUCGGCCCCCCUGCAGCACUUUCACGCGUGUGCAGCGAGUCUCCUGCUGUUUUUCCCUGCUGUUGUGCACAAUGCUCACCAGCAUCAUGUUUUGGGGCAUCCCUACUGACCCCUCUGAGCAGACCAUGGACCUGGGUCACAUCGAGUUCACCUGGCAACAAGUUAUGAUUGGGAUUCAAAGUUCGAUCAUCAUGUUUCCUAUCAAUCUCCUCAUUGUGAGCAUCUUCAGAAACACUCGUCCUCGAGAGAAGUCCACCAAAGCAGAUUCAGCAUCUAAACAGGGGAAGACUGUUCGGGUCUCUCCCUCACAGACUUCUUCCCCUCAUAAAGAGCUGAAAGACAUCACACCAGACACUGUGAUCAAGGACAUUAAGAGGAUUGCUCAGUCACUGUCGAAGGCCAUGAAGAGUCCACUGCCAGAGCUGGAGCUCCGGUCUGGUCAGCCAGCUGACAUCAACACUCUGCUGUCUCUGGUGGAGGACAUCAUCAGACAGCAGAACCGCGCGGCAGGAGAAUUUUACAGUGACGCCUCCAAGAGGGACCGCUCUAUGAUCCUCAGCUUAGGUGCAGUUAAUCUACAAGAAGACAGUGUGUGGGGGAGCCCUGAGAGGACUUCAGAUGAAGCUCAGAAGAAGAGCAACAACAGCAGGUACCUGUACAGGCAGCUGCGUCACGUUGAGAAGGAGCUGGGCUUGUUGGGACCUUCUCGUUUUUUGAACCCAGGCAGCUACAACAGAGCCAUGCAGCAGGUUCAGGGAAUGAAAGGUCUCCUGGAGUACCGGCUCCCCUCGUCCAGCCUGGAAGGAGACCAGCUGGACGGCAGCCCCAGUCCAGAGGAGAGCAUCAAUGGAGACUCAGCCAAAAAGAAGUGUUGCCAAGGAGGGCUGCCGUGGUGGUUUGUGUUUGUUGGCUGGAUACUGGUGAUCGCAACCAGCGGUGUGUCGGGUUAUUUCACCAUGAUGUACGGGCUUACGUACGGGAAAGACCGCUCUAUAAGCUGGCUUAUCUCCAUGGUGGUAUCCUUCUUUGAGAGUUUGUUUAUCACUCAACCUCUGAAGGUUCUUGGUUUUGCUGCUUUCUUUGCUCUCGUUCUGAAGAAAGUUGACCAGGAAGAGUAUGGAGAGCCUCAGAUAGAUGAUAGUCUGAGAAAUACAGAUGAUCAUGACGCAGUGCGUGCAGCAAGAAGAGACAGUACCUGCAGUUUCUAUCAGCCGCCACCUCCCACUGACAUUGAGAGGAUGAGGAACAACAUGAUCAAAGAGCAGAAAGUCUUUGCCCUAAUAAGGGAGAUUCUUGUCUACAUGGGAUUUAUGUGGAUGUUGCUCCUGGUGGCGUAUGGUCAGAGGGACCCCAACGCUUACUUUCUGACCCGACACAUCCGACAGAGCUUCAGCAGAGACAUCUCAGAUAGUAUGAGUAUUCAGGAUGUGUUUACCUGGGCAAACACAACUCUGCUGAGCAACCUGUUUGGAGAGCACCCAGGGUUCAUCACAGAUGGGAACUCUAAGCUGGUGGGUAACGCUCGUCUCCGCCAGGUGAGGGUGAAUAAGAACUCCUGCCCUGUGGCUCCAUCCAUGCAGCAACCUGGACGAGACUGCCAUGCUCCGUACUCAUGGGAGCUGGAGGACAUGGGCUCCUACGGUCCAGGCUGGAGCCACUAUGUGGCUGAUAACGCCUCAGUUGACCUUAAUAGCCCAUGGGCGUACCAGUCCCAGGGUAAACUGAGGGCGUACCCCAUCUGGGGUAGCGUGAAGCUUUAUAGAGGAGGAGGCUUUGUGGUGGAUCUUGGGUCAGAUUCACUAAAUUCAAGCAAAACCCUUCAACAUCUUCAUGACAACACCUGGUUUGACAUGUACACCCAGGCAAUCUUCGUGGAGUUCACAGUGUACAACGCCAAUGUCAACCUCUUUUGCAUCGUUACUCUCAUGCUGGAGACCACAGCCAUCGGAGCUUUCCAGUUCCGCAGUGAGCUUCAGAGUGUGCGUCUUUACCAGUCGACCGGCGGCCUUCACGUCUUUGUCAUGGCCUCUGAAGCCAUCUACUUCUUUUUUAUCAUCUAUUACAUGUUUGUCCAGGGAAAGCUGAUGAAGCAGCAGAGAUCUGCUUAUUUCAAGAGUAAGUGGAACCUGCUGGAGCUGGCUAUUAUCCUCCUCAGCUGGAGCGCGCUGUCUGUCUUCAUCAAGAGGACCUUACUAGGAAAGCGGGACAUUGAGUACUACCAGAACCACAAAGACCAAUACGCCAGUUUCCAUGAGACGGCCAAGGCUGAUGCAGUGCUCGGGUAUCUGAUUGCCUUCCUGGUGCUGCUGGCUACAAUCAAACUGUGGCACCUGCUGAGACUGAACCCAAAGCUGCACAUGAUCACAGCCACGCUGCAGCGAGCCUGGACUGAUAUUUCAGGCUUCCUGGUGGUCAUGACCAUCAUGUUCCUGGCGUACUCCAUUGCUUCUAACCUGAUGUAUGGCUGGAAGCUUUACUCCUACAGGACUCUGCUGGAUGCAGCACAAACCAUGAUCAGCCUGCAGCUUGGGAUUUUUAACUAUGAAGAGGUGCUGAAUUACAAUCCAGUUCUUGGGGCCUUUCUCAUUGGCUCCUGCAUCGUGUUCAUGACCUUUGUGGUGCUGAAUCUCUUCAUCUCUGUCAUUCUGGUGGCUUUCAGUCAGGAGCAGAUACAUCACAAGCCAUCAGAAGAAGAUGAGAUUGUGGACCUGAUGCUGAUGAAACUGUGCAGUUUGUUUGGACUCAAAUUUAAGCAACAAGGUGGCGACUGCCUAACUGAGAGGCCAGAUGUUUCAUCUGCUUCGAGUAAUGGACUCUCAAUGAUUUCUUCUGGGAAUAUUCGUGAUGGUUAAAAUGUUGCCACAGAAUGCUUUGCUUCAAUUAUUGCUUGCCAUUGCUUGCUUCAUUAGUCAAACAAAUGUCUUGAUGCUUGAUGUGACUGAAUAUUAAGUCCUUACAAGUCUAUACAUUUUCAGAAUUUCUCUCCAGAGAAUCUGAAAUACUGAGAGAACAUAGGAAUUGAGGAUACUACUUAUGCUAUGCACUGAUGUGCUGUAUUUGAGCUGCGGCAUAUUUUGUUAAGCAAAUAAAUUUGUGUUUCUGUGAGUAAAUCUGGUACAACAUGCUUUUAUUCCCAAAAAUACAUUAAUUGGUACUUGGUGACACAGUUUGUGUGCAUCAGUCUGACAAAAAAAACUUUCUACCCGCUGUCAUCCUAAAUGUC